GACGCGCAUGCGUAGUGGUUCGGCGGGAGUUUCGGAAGUAGCUACGGCGACGCUGGACCGCGGACCGGACGAACGCGGAAGAGCACCCUCUACGGUGACGCCGAGUUUGCAGAGGUGACCUUGGGCUUCGUGUUUCGGGAACGCCGCCCCCACCCCACCCCCGGACCGGACUGGCAUCGCUCUGGGGUUCGGAAGUCGCAGACACCUCCCCGGAUGUGGCUCACUCACCCCUGACCCGCCUCUCGGCCGCACCCUCCCAGUGCUCCUGGCGCUUCCAGCUGCAGGGCCUGGGGGCUGGGAGACUUUCUCCAGGAUGACUUCAGUGACCGCACCAGAAGACCAGGAGCCAGUGAUGUCCCAGACUCAGGAUCAUCAAUUGCAACCAAGUCUCAGCCCUUUGGAAGUACUGCCUAAAUCCUCUGCCUCCCUGGAGAUGAUGACUCAAGGCAGUUCAAAGGAGAAAAAUCACCUAGAUUGGCCUGAAGAGGGGGAAAGUUGUGUUGCCAACAGCCAGGAGAGACUUCAGCUGGGGUUGUCUCAUUUGUCCUUUGAAGAACCGUCUGUCUGUCAUCAAACCAGGAGGCAGUCCUGGCGACGAGCAAGUAUGAAAGAAAUAAACCGACGGAAGUCAUUGGCUCCCUUUCACCCAGGCAUCACAGAGCUCAGCAGGUCCAUCAGUGUGAAUUUAGGAGAAAGCAAGCGGCUUGGCGCCCUCCUGCUCUCCAGUUUCCAGUUCUCAGUUGAGAAGCUUGAGCCUUUCUUAAAGAGCAGUAAGGACUUCAGCCCGGAAUGUUUCAGAGCAAAAGCAUCUUCUCUUUCUGAAGAAUUGAAACGUUUUACAGAAAAGCUGGAAAGUGAUGGAACUCUACAAAAAUGUUUCGUUGAAGAUUCAAAAGAAAAAGCACCAGAUUUUUCGCUGGAAGCAUCAGUAGCUGAGGUGAAAAAAUAUAUAACAAAGUUUUCUUUAGAACGUCAGGCUUGGGAUCAGCUCUUACUACAGUACCAGAAGGCAGUUCCACCUAAAGAGAUGCCCAGAGAAUCAACUGAAAGCGAAGUCACUGAGGUCAAAGUAGAUCCUACAACAUAUCAUGGGUCUUCCCAGGAGGAAGUUCUGAACACAAAGCCAGACUACCAGAAAAUAGUACAGAGUCAGAACCAAGUCUUCGCCUCUAUGGAGUUGGUGAUGGAUGAGCUGCAAGGAUCAGUGAAGCAGCUGCAGGCCUUCAUGGAUGAAAGUACUCAGUGCCUCCAGAAGGUGUCAGCACAGCUCAAGAAGAGAAGCACGGAAAAAUUAGAUUCUUCACCUGCUCGAAAACUGCUCAGACUCCACCUACAGAACUCAUCGACCACACAGUGAUCCGGAUCUUGUCAGGGACCUGACCUGUACCUGUAAUUUCUGCUGUGAGCUGCCCAGGAGAGGACAGGGACAAGUGUCUCCACACAGGGUAAUCUCACAGUGGUCAGAGCUGGACUGACCCAGCUGCACAGCACUUUCACUGUUCUGAGUGACAGCAUGUAUGCAUCCAGAAGAAUGUGUUGGACACAUGUUGUAGAAAUGUGCAAGACGCUUGAAAUGACCUUCAGAACCAGUGGCCCGUUGCUCAAAAUAUCCUUAUGGCCAGCACUUUUCAUCCCAUGAAGAUAUUGUCCAGUUUUAAAGCAACCCGAAGACAUUUAGAACCAACCUUAAUGAAAUGUUUUAGGGGCCAAGUUGGGUUCCUGCCAUAAAAGAAUGAAGCUGAAGUUGUUGAGCGUGGCAUUCAGUGGAGGAUAGGGUGUUAUUACAUAAUGGGUGGAUGUGAGUCACGUCACAAAAUUUCUGUUUUCUGAAGUGUUCUGAGGUCUGUAGUGUACUUUAGUUUUUAAUAUUGAAUUGAUCUCCUGAAAUUAAAUUCAUGGCAAGAAAGGGCUGAGACAUUCCCCCCCCUCCCCUUUGGGUAUCCCCUGUGCCUCCCUAAGAGUGGAGCCCAGGGCUUUUCCUGUGCUAGCCGAGCACCCUCACUAAGCUGCAUCGUUACGUUGUUCUAGUUACUGAAUGGUGCCUAGAACACAAUAGUCCUGUAAGCUCUGUUUUUAAACCGAGGGGGAGCAGUUACUUAACCCCUCAUCUACUGUAUUGGAAAAAUGGUAGAAUUUGCGGUGUAAGGAUGCUGUAAGGAUUUGUUUAAAAGUAAAAGCCUAGAACGAUAUCACCAGUGUGUCACUGAAGACUUAAAAAAUGAAUAGACAGUAGAAUAGUUAAUGAGGUGGCAAAGCUAAUUCCUAAUUUGGAAUACCACAUUGAGAACUCAAGCAGGCUGCUCUAUAUGCAGAUGGAGACCUAUGCAGUAAAGUCUUUUAAAUAAAAUUUAAAAGCUAUGCCUAGUUAUUGAAAACUGAAGAUGAUGUUGUCUAAAGUAGAACAAGGAAGAAAAACCUUUAGACAACCUCCAUGAAAGCCAGUAUUUAAGAAUUAAAGAUGGUAUUACUAUUCUUUCAAGAGCAGUCUAAUAAAGGUGAUUGUGCCUUCCUCCAUUUUA